GCAGCUGGCAAACUCAUGCACAGGCGAACAUUUCGUCCAAUUCACGCAGAUAUGCUUACAUAGCAAAAACGUUCAAUUAAAUAAAAGCGGCAAAGCCUGCGAUUGUGGACUACACCGGCAGAGCCUACAUACAUACAUACAUACAUAUGAGUACAUAUGUGGCGUGCAUUGAAUAUUGAUAGACUUUUGUAAUAAAUAUACAAAUAUAACUAAAAUGUAAAUUUAAAUCGAAAAAACACACUUACAUAUUUGCUGGCAAAGGUGGCAAACGUAAUUUAUGCUUUUGAUUUUUUAUUCCUACGAGCACUUUGUAAUUAUCAUCGAUUUUUUCCGAGCUGCACAAACACGGAGCGCCGAAUUCUCACCAUUAUUAUAUCGCACAUUGACAAACGCGCACGCAGAAAAGUGCUUCCAGUUGUGAAAAGUGUUUUACUUGAGCGAAUGCUGUUUUAGAGGAAUGCGCAAGAAGAGCAAUAGCCCAAAAUAAAUAAAUAGUAACAAUUAAAUUGUGGAAACAUUUAAUUUGCGGAAGCAAGCAUUCUGCCGCACAAAAAUCAGUCGCAUCAGCGAAAAAUGACUAUUACUGCAUUUCAGUUCUUCGGCAGUUUGGCCCUUGUCAGUGUCGCCUAUAAAUUUGCGCACACCGUCUUGCCAUGGCUAUAUGUGAAUAUAAUUGGGCCGAAAUUCCUUGGGCCAAAACUCGAUAUAAGUCGCGUUGGAGGCUGGGCCGUCAUCACCGGCGCUACUGAUGGUAUUGGCAAGGCGUAUGCGAAUGCGCUCGCAAAGAGGGGAUUUAACUUGGUGCUAAUCAGUCGCUCGCUAACCAAAUUGGAAGAUGUAGCCAAGAAAAUCGGCGAAGACCACAAAGUCGAUAUUAAAAUCGUCGAUGUCGAUUUCACGGGUGGCGUGGAUAUUUACGACAAGAUCAAGGCACGCAUAGAGGGCCUUGACAUUGGUGUACUCGUCAACAAUGUCGGCGUUUCAUAUCCUUACCCAGAAUACUUCCUAGAAUGCUAUCAGCAAGAUCCUAAAUUCUUACAAAACAUUAUUUCGGUAAACAUACACUCCGUGACACACAUGUGCGCCUUAAUUUUGCCUGUCAUGGUGAAUAGAAAGAAAGGUGUAAUCAUCAAUGUCUCGUCAACUGCCGCGGUUAUACCAAAUCCACUGCUUAGCGUUUACAGCGGCUCCAAGGCUUUCGUUGACAAAUUCAGUGUCGAUUUACAAACGGAAUACCGUAGUAAAGGUAUCACAGUGCAAUGCGUUCAGCCGGGCUUUGUUGCCACCAAUAUGAGCAAGAUAAAAAGAACGGAUCUAAUGACGCCAUCGCCCGACACAUAUGUCGCUGCAGCUCUCAACUUUUUGGGAUAUACCACGAAAACUGCUGCCUAUUUGCCACACAUUUUUUUGCAAUUGACUUUGAAUCUCAUGAAUGAUGUCAUCUGUGAACCCUUCACUACGAACUUCGUCUUCAAUCAAUUGUUGAAUAUGCGCAAACGCGCCUUGCGUAAACAGCAGAAGCAAUAGAGGGUUUGAAGAAUUAAGUUCUAUGGAGCUUUACCUGUACAUAAAUGUCAGUUCAAUGACCAAACCAAAAAUAGAUUUAAUUUGUUAUGAAUAUAUCGCAUCCAAGAAAUAAAUUUCAGAGUGUAGCUGGUCAA